UAUGAGAACAAAGUUAGCGCCCCAUCUUCCACUCCGUUUCAGCUCGCGUUUCAUGGACGACAACGACUGGGAUCUACGCGCAGUGGUGAGGGGCUGCUCGGCCACGGCGGUUGAUCCGCCGGAUCCCUUCUCUUCUUUUCCUUCUCCUCUUCCUCAAAAAGGAGGAACGGGCGAGUUCUUUGGCUUUCCUGAUCCGAUGGAGACGCCGACCGCCCGUCACCAGCUGGAGGAGCACUGCAAGUCCUGCAUCAAACCCCAUCAUCAACGGCAGCUCCAACCACCACCUCCCGUCCCGAAGCCGAGCUACCCUUCCUGCUCCCCAGCUGCCUCUGUCUUCCCUGCUUUCGCCACCGCUCCUCAUCAAUUCCAGCAGCAACCUCGGCAGCCUCAUCCCCCGGUCUCCCGAAACCCCCUCCGUUCUAAGAGAAGGAAGAACCAGCACAAGAAAGUGGUGUGCCAAGUACCAGCUGAUGGAAUCUCUCCCGAUAUGUGGGCUUGGCGGAAGUAUGGACAGAAACCCAUCAAAGGCUCUCCUUAUCCAAGAGGCUAUUACAGGUGCAGCAGCUCCAAAGGAUGCCAGGCUCGGAAACAGGUGGAGCGAAGCCGGGCGGAGCCAGGGAUGCUGGUCAUCACCUACACCGCGGAGCACGACCACCCCGUCCCCACCCACCGCAACUCCCUCUCCGGAAGCACUCGCCAGAAGUUACCGCAUCCCAGCUCCGCCGCCCAGCCGCCGCUUGCAUCUUCUGGAUGCAGGGGAGACGGAGAGAAUCCGCUGUCACCCGGCAGCCACCCGUCCUCGAGCCCCCUGUCGUCGCCGGCUGCCGCAGCACCACGCGCGAACUCGGUGGAGAACGAGCUGUUUCCCCGGGGUCGACCUCGGAUACUAAAGCACAGCGAGGAGGAGGAAGAAGAGGAUGAGCUGACGGUGGGAGACGUGGAGAUGAUGGGCGAGGACGACAUGCUCUUCCUGGGCAUGGAGGUGAUAGAUGGGUCGACGACCAGCACCGGAACCACCAAAUCCCCGGGGAGGGUGUCCGUCAGCUCCGCCUUCUUCGCGGACGAUGGUGGCUUCGAGGAGUAUUUCUUCCAGUCAACUUGGCUGGCUAACAGCAAUGCAGCGGCGGCAGCCGGCGGUGGCAGCUGAGCGUUCCUCUCGUUCCGGUAGCUACCUACUUAAUUUUGUUUAGUUUACUUUCAUGUCUUCUCUCUUUUUCCGUGAGGAAACAAAGAGAUGAUCUCUGUACACAGACACAAAUCUAUAGCUAAACAAGAAAGCAAAACUGAUAAGCUUGCCAGAGAGUCAUUUCUGAA